AUGGCUGCACGCUCCACACAAUCAUACCGGCUUUUCAAGAAGAUCUGUGAUGAUUGGCCGUUAGACCCUUCAAGGAAAUCUAGGGACAUUGCACAGCUUAUUCGAACAAAAGGUAUGCUUGUUUUUAAAGAAGCGGAAACGGCGAACAUUGACUCAAAGAGGUGUCGCACUGAGCUCGAUAGUGUGCGAAGGCUCAUAGACAAUGUUCAUUUAAAUCAUUCACGACCACGACAACGCACAGAAGGAACUUUAGGCCAAAACCUAGAAUCCAUCAAAACGAUAUUGUCAGACGAGGCAUUAGAGGCUUCUAAAUUAGGAGAUAAGAAUGUGAUAUCCAGAAACUUCGAACUGUUAAAGUCGUUCAUGAAACCCAAGAAAACAUCAUGAAUGAAAAUUUACUAAACACAGUGUUAGGAAGUGAUGUGUUAAGCCAAGGCUUUUUCUCACACGCUAUUACGGAUUUACAACCAAAAUAUUUCUAGUACCAACAAAAAGCUUUUCAAGGAAUGAGGUUGUUUGUUGGCUCAUGAAGGUGAACAUGGAUGGCGUGCUUUGGCUAAAGGGAGGUAACCGUGAUUUGACGACAGUUCACCGGCAAAGAAUUGUGUAGUGAACUACAUACAUUGAACGUGACGUUUGUGUUCUUAUGAAUAUAUAUAUUGAGAAUGUUUUUUCUUAAUGACUAUUAAAAAGAAAGUUGUGCAGAA